CAAACCAGCGUGCGUUUGAAUCCGAAAAAGAGCAAUGGUUUUAUCAGGUAUAUUAUCUACUUUUGCUCGUUUAAAUGAUACAUUUUCAAAUUUUAGAACAAACGAGCAGCUCCGCUGUGGCUAUCAACGUGUCAGCAGGGACCGAAAACGCCGGCUAUCUCUGAUUCUGAAACGAGUGGAAAAGGCCCGGAUCCGGCUUCCAGCCGGUCACUGUCGGCUUAGACUAUUGGUUAAAGGACAAAAGGACGGAGACGAUCGGAGUGUGAUGGACAAUCACAUCAGCGCUACAUGCACGGUGCAUCCAAAGGAGGGUGUUGUCGCGUAUCCGACCAGAGAUCCGGCGAAGGUGAAACCUCUUCGCUUGUUCCGAACACGGAGCAGCAAGGAGAAGGAGUGGGUUCUUCUGCCCGAAUAAAGGCAGCUCCAGCGCGCUUUGUUCAUCAUAUAAGAUAGCUGGCUCGGCAGAUCGUCUGCCAAUCGCGAGGCGCAUCCAAAGGAAGAGUGAUAAGGGAAGAAGAUCCGCUCCUAUUCCUAGUUUGCCAUCGUCGGAACAGGUGUCUUCUUUUGUAAGGCGCAUCAAGAGCGCAUCGCCUCGUGAGCAAGGAUGGAUGCCCCGAAUGAUGGUGCACUGGCUUUGCCUGGCAGUGUUUGUGAUCGUCCUGCUGGUGCAGUGCGACAGCAAGGAUCCGUACGUCACCGUGGGUGUGGAGCGAAAGGCUACACUACAGAAGAUCCGACGAGCCUACAAACAGCAAGCUAAGGAAUGGCGGAGCAGCGGUUCGUCGAGAUCAAGCAGGCAUACGAGCUACUUUCCGACUCGAAGCGUCGGAAGGCAUACGCCGUACAUAACGAACGAGGAUGCAAUCGUGAAUAGGGAGCGGUCAGAUUACACCACACGGUCGGUUCCAGGAUCCGUUCGAACACUUUUAAGAACUGCACAUAACUUUAACGUCCACGACCAGGACAUUAGCCUGUACCAUCGGCUGUCGAUCACCGCCAAGUACUAAGAGAGCAACAUCCUGCCCAAAAGCCGCCAAACUCCGCAAAUACUGCUGUUUUACGCCGACUGGUGCUUCGACUGUAUGAAAGCGGCCAACUCGUUCAAGAAGAUGAUCGACACCGUACGCUCGAACGAUCAAUGCGGGUCACGAGGAGUAGCUGGUACGCCGGACCGGUGUCCACUCACUACCGUGCAUGGUCAUGGUCCUCGACGGUUACAACUAUACCUUCCGCGAGAGCGUCUUUAAUGCACAGCAUCUGGUAGACUUCAUCCGGCACCGUUGAGCGUAAAUCAUCGCAAAUUUAAGGUUGCGCACUGACCGGCACAGAUACAAAUCCACUUACCAAUAUAAUUUCCAUUGCAUUGAAAAACUUAAAUUUGCGCAUGUAAUAAAUACGUACACUUGUUUUUCUUUUAGAAUAAAGUAUGCAGUUUAUUUCGGCAUAACUAUUGUUACAUUGUAGUAUAGAAGGAACAGCUAAAAGAAACAUUUUAAUCUAAGAU